AGCGAUCCUGUCAAACAAGACCGAGGAGUGAACAUGAGUAAUUAUGAGAGUAAAAGAUGGGUAAAUUAAAAAUAUAAAAAAAAGCUAUUCAACUGGUAACUAAUUUUCGAAAACCAUGCACCAUUUCACGAGGGUCAGUCAUCAUUUGACAAAACAAAUGGCGUUCAAACAAUCUCAGUUUAAUCUUAGACCUUCAGCAACACGCAAGGUUCGUUAAGAGAUUAUCAAAGACUCCCGCGGCAUUUUUUGAAAGAGGAAGCGUGGAGAAUAGAGGUCAUCGAUUAAUCUUCGGCUAUUAUGCAUCACCCAAAUGAUGUUUAGGUGAUAUUUUAGACUCGAUUACCAACCGCUGUUCGGUACGCAGAUCGGACUCGAGAAAGCGGCGGAAAUCGAGACUAGCGAUAUUUGUGACCGUAAAUUCUAGUUCACGCCCUUGGUGGUCUGGAUUGUGUCAUUUCCGAGUCAAAUGCAACACAAAUCGGAGUCGAACGCAUUCCGUUUUCUGUGGAAUAGGAGAGCAAAAAGUCAUACUACUACUACUACUACUACUACUACAUAGAUCUUCUCGGCAUUGCUACAGUCUUCAACACGUACGGGAAGUCUUAUAAUAUGCAGGUGCAUAUCUCAAACCUUCCUAGCUACAGAAAGCAAAAUUAAGAUGCUGGAGUUCCAGAAAAUUGCUUUUGUAGCUCGAUUUGAGUGCACUGAAAAAACCAUUAUGCGCUGGUUUACAAGGCAGUAAAAUAAAAGCAGAGCACAAUAGUAAAACAAGCAGCACUCGACUAGCUUCGGGGAUUUCGAACGACAGGAUUGAAACAACUGGAUCCCGAUCGCUUGGUUCAUCUAGACGAUCUUUUUUUUCUGACCUCCACGAGGAACUCAGGGAAUUGACGGUAAACUGAUAUUGGAGAGUCUUUGAAGUGUGCGAACAAGCGCCGGAUUGACAAGGACGCGCUGAGCAGAUGAAUGACCGCAAUAUAGGAACUCGCUUUCCUCCGUUUAAAGCCAAUUUUCCACGGUUUUAAAGCACAUUUUUAACCUGGUGCCUUAAAUCUAUCAAACCAAAGACUACAAUGCCUCGCUCAAGGACUACGCGUUUGUACGUCGUUUCACUUGCGUUUAUCGUUUCCACAUUAGUAUUUCUUAUAUUGGUGUCUGUCACCGAAGCGGAUUAUACUGUAGGCCUGCUAAUUCCCAUGUACAAGGCAUAUUACCUACAGAAGGGACUUUAUUACGCCUCCGCGAUUAACAUCGCUAUGGACGAAAUAAACAGGCAAGAGAACCUUUUGCCUGGGAAUAACAUUUCUUUUAUUUGGAACAAUACUGAUUGCGAGGACGAGAGCAAAACCAUACGAGCGUUAAUGUAUCAGAUGUACGAAGCCAAAGUCUCCGCAAUCAUUGGACCAGGGUGUACUUGCAACACGUCGGCCAGAAAUGCAGCCGCCUUCAAUGUACCCAUGAUAUCUUACAUGUGCAGGAGUCCAGAACUUUCAAACAAAGAGCUUUACCCGACAUUUGUAAGAACUUACGCCCAAACUACAAAACUUGCCGAGAGCGUGUUGUUGUUACUCGAGAAGUUUAGCUGGACUAAAGUGGGCAUCUUGUUUGAAGGAACCAGCAACUGGGAAGAUAUUAAAGACAACAUGAAAAAGCAUCUGAGACUGAAAGGGAUUGAACUCAGGGCCGAGAAAGAGCUUCCUAAAUCGGAUGAUUUUGAUAAGAGUCCAGAAGUACAUAAGCCUGUUAUCAAACAGAUUUUGAGGGACAUCAAAGAUCAAGCUCGCAUCAUAAUCAUCCUCACUGAACUCUACCUCGCUCGUAACAUGCUCAUUCCUGCCCGCGAGGUCGGACUCACUGAUGGAGACUAUGCGUUCAUAAUGUUUGAGCUCGACCACGAUGGAGUCUUCAGACAUAAGGAACACCCAAGUUCUUGGUUUACCAUACCCACAGAUCCAAGCGAUCCCUACUUUCGCUGCAAGUUUCAGCAGGCGUUUGAAUCCGUAUUGAUGAUAGCGAUAAAUGUAAAUGAAAACAAAGAAGGAGAAUUCAAAAAAUUUCAGCGUGCCGUUGUGAAGCGCUCUCCAGAAAAACCUUUUCCCAACAGUACUAUCUACGAAGGACAUCUUUUUGGUAACCCAAAACUACCCCUUGCAAACGCAACUCCGCCUCCGAUAUUUGCUGCGUUUCUUUAUGACGCAGUUUACCAGUAUACUAUCGCCUUGAACAAGACGCUCGCAAACAACGAAGAACCCAACGGUGGAAACAUCAUUUCCAAGCUGCUAAAUAAUGAAUACAACAGUAUUAGUGGUCAGCGAAUAUUUAUUGACAAACAUGGAGACGCUGAGGUCGACUUAACUCUUUUGGACAUGCAAUGGGAAUACUCAAAGAAGGAUUGCCCAAAGAAUGUGUCGAAUACGGCAACAAUGGUGACUGUGGGAGAAUUUAAUAUGAACUAUGACAACAACAGUGACAUUCAAGUAACCUUCGCCCUGACUGGUACGAAGAUCGUGUGGCCAAAAGGAUCGCCACCAAAGGACAGUCCAGAAUGUGGUUUUGAUAACGAGAAAUGUCCUCCUAAUUCUACAGACGCAGAAAGUGUUAAAAUGGCUAUAAUUGCUGGGAUUUCAGGCUUUGCUGGUCUUCUUCUUUUUCUUUUUUGUGUGAGCAAAAUAAGACAGAUAAGGUUGGAAAAGGAGCUGAAGAGUUUACUGUGGAAAAUAGAUUACUCGGAAAUUAUAAUUAAAAGAUCAGAUUCAGUGACAACGGAGGACAACUUAGGACUUGCGACGGAAAUUCAGGAAGGUGAAUUUGACACGCCGUUGCUGGAAUCGUUUAGAAAUGGUGACAGUGCACUGGAUUCCACCCGUUUUGGUUUUUUCAAGGGCACCUCUGUGGUUGUAAAGCGAGUUGGCUCAAAGAAUGUGGAUUUAACACGGUCCGUGCUUUUGGAAAUGAAGCAGAUGCUUGAUAUACGGCACGAUAACCUUUCACACUUCAUUGGGGCCACCGUUGAUCCUCCAAACAUUUGUGUUGUGUCGGAGUUCUACUCUCGGGGCAGUCUCCAAGAAAUCCUGGAGAAUAAAGAUGUUAAGUUAGACCACAUGUUUAUUUCGUCACUGGUCAACGACAUUGUUAAGGGCAUGGCUCAUCUUCACAGCACAGAUAUCAAAUCACAUGGAAGCCUCAAAUCGUCCAACUGCCUGGUGGAUAGCCGCUGGGUGUUAAAAAUCGCGGACUAUGGUCUGCCAAAGUUUCGAUCAGGACGAAGAAAAAGCUACAAACAUACUGAAUCUUACUACCAAGAUUUGUUAUGGACGGCACCAGAAAUAAUUAGAAUGACCGAACGGCCAGUUAAUGGAACACAAAAAGGAGAUGUAUACAGUUUCGCCAUCAUCCUGCAAGAAUUCCAUACAAGAGAAGGACCAUACAGUGCCAACUACAUGGAACCAGAAGAAGUUAUAAAAAAAGUAACAGAACGCGAAAUCCCGCCAUUUCGUCCCACGGUGGUGAACCUCAUCACAGGAGUGGAGGAGCUUAGGGAAUUAAUGAAAUCGUGUUGGGAUGAAAAGCCGGAAGCCCGUCCAGAUUUUCACGAUAUCAAGAAAUCCAUGCACAGAAUUCUCAGCAACAAUGGCAUGAAAACUAAUAUUUUUGACAAUGUCGUAUAUAUGAUGGAGAAAUAUGCGGACAAUCUGGAGGAUCUUGUAAGUGAAAGAACAGCUCAACUGGUGGAGGAAAAGAAAAAGACUGACGCCUUAUUGGACCAAAUAUUACCACGCCCCGUUGCAGAGCAGCUUAAAAGGGGUAAAGCAGUGGAGGCGGAGAGUUUUCACGAGGUUUCAAUUUACUUCAGUGACAUUGUGGGAUUUACCCAACUGUCUUCAGACAGUACACCAAUGCAGGUUGUGACGUUUUUGAAUGCCCUGUACACAUUGUUUGAUGACAUCAUACGAGAGUUUGACGUGUAUAAGGUGGAGACAAUUGGUGACGCAUACAUGGUUGUGUCAGGGCUACCAAUCAGAAACGGUCACAAUCAUGCUGCUGAGAUAGCAGGCAUGGCCCUUCAUCUGAUCGAAGGAGUUAAACAGGAUUUCAAAGUUCCACAUAGACCUGAUCAUAAAAUUGAAUUGCGUGUUGGUAUACAUAGCGGUCCUGUGGUCGCGGGCGUGGUGGGCAGCACUAUGCCUCGUUACUGUUUAUUUGGUGAUACUGUCAACACAGCUUCUAGAAUGGAAUCCACUGGAGAGGGUUUGAAAAUUCAUAUCAGUGAAGCUACGAAGUCAAUUCUUGAAACACUAGGAGGCUUUAUGAUCGAAGAACGAGGGGAAGUGUUCUUAAAAGGUAAAGGAACAGUGAAAACCUACUGGCUUAUCGGAUGUGCACGCCGCACACCACAUCGUCACCGGCGUUCAUUCAGACGACUUAAAGGACCUAUGGAACAAUCCUCUGGUUUCCUUGGAAUAUUGGAGCCCCCACCCUCCCCCUGCAGAUUGUCAAGGACUUCAUCUCUGAGGAGAACUAUGAAAGCUAUUCAGUGCGAAACACCUUUAUCGAAAGGAAGACACGUUGUUGAUGUUAUUGACAAAUCGGACGAUAUGACUCAAACGUCUCUUUGAUAUCUUGAUGAACACAGAUUUUAAAUUUAUAUUUUUUUAGAGAUGCCAACGAAGCAUGCUUUUUGAGGCGGAGUUUCCUGGCAUUUGAUAAAUGCCAAACAAGAUGCGGAGUGCAUUAAAUUAUAGACACUGGAUGUGUUUCUGACGAUAGAAACCUAAAAACUAUGCAAGAGCACAGUUGUGAAUCUCACUGGUGAAAAAUGAAUAUCAAUAACACAAAAAUUCGUAUAAACUCUUUCUUUACCGUUAUUGCUAUUAGACUAAAACGAAAUCGUGUUUGUUAAGAAAAUAUUUCAAGUUUGUGCCGUGAUAACGAAUUUGCUCCAGAAAAAUGCUAUAUUUCUCUGGGACAGGAACUAACAUAAUAGUCCGUCGGUUCUCGUCGAGUUUCAGCCAUGUAGAUAUAGUCAUUGACAUCUUUAAACAGUCUGUCAAAAAAUUAUUCGCUCUCUAAGGCAUGUCAUAGAUCCUUAGCCACGUUUCAGUGUAAUAAGAAUUAAACGUUUAAACGAUAAACGAU